CUUCACCAUAAGACUCCUUCCCUUUUGCUUCAAAACUUCCGAAAUAUUUGCCCUCUCAUCUUCUUGCUUUGAUCAACCUUUUGUACUCUUCUCCAUCCUUCACAGUCAAACUCCAUUUUAUUAUUAAUCCACUGCCCUCCAUAUAUACCUCAGUUAUGAAGGCUUUUUCUUUCUUUCCAAGGACCAAAAUGCCCUGGAACUGCUUUUGCUGCGUCUCUCAAGAUCAAGAGGAACCAGCUGAGACCAGUAGGGUGCACAAGAACAGGGAUUACCCGUGGGAUAUAUAUUCCCUCAAGGAGCUUCUUCAUGCAACAAACAGCUUCCACCAUGACAACAAAAUUGGAGAAGGAGGGUUUGGAAGUGUUUAUUGGGGUCGAACAAGUAAAGGCGUCGAGAUAGCUGUGAAACGACUAAAGACGAUGAGUGCAAAGGCAGAGAUGGAGUUUGCAGUGGAAGUUGAAAUACUCGGAAGGGUGAGGCAUAGAAACUUGUUAGGCCUGCGGGGAUUUUAUGCCGGCGGUGAGGAAAGGCUCAUAGUGUACGAUUACAUGCCUAAUCAUAGCUUGAUCACCCAUUUGCAUGGCCAACUUGCAGCAGAUUGCCUUCUUGAUUGGCCAAGACGAAUGAGCAUCGCCAUUGGAUCAGCUGAAGGUCUAUCGUACCUGCAUCAUGAGGUCAAUCCUCAUAUAAUUCACAGAGACAUAAAGGCCAGCAACGUGCUUCUAGACACUGAAUUUGAAGCAAAAGUCGCUGAUUUUGGAUUUGCAAAGCUGAUCCCGGAUGGUGUAACUCAUCUGACUACUAGGGUAAAGGGAACUCUUGGAUAUCUAGCUCCUGAAUAUGCCAUGUGGGGUAAAGUUUCUGAGAGCUGUGAUGUUUACAGCUUUGGGAUUUUGCUCUUAGAAAUAAUUAGCGGAAAGAAGCCGAUAGAGAAACUCCCCGGCGGAGUGAAACGUGACAUUGUUCAAUGGGCCACCCCUUAUGUCCAAAAGGGUUUAUUUAAUCAAAUUGCAGAUUCAAGGUUGAAGGGCAAGUUUGAUCGAGAACAAGUUAAGUCCACGGUACUGAUUGCCAUGAAAUGCACUGAUAACAGCCCUGAUAAUCGACCCACCAUGAUAGAAGUGGUGGAUUGGCUUAAGGGUGGAAUAGGAAGAAGGAAAAAAGAGAUCACAAAUCAUGUGGACGAGACUGAGGAUGAAGAAGAAGUAUACGACGAAACCGACACCGAUCAUGAAAAUUAUGGUAUGGAGCUAUCUGAUGCCAGAGAGAAUAUUACAAGGGCUAGAUCACAGAGGAGAUGACUUCACCUUAGGUUCUUUUUGAGCCAUAUAAUUUUUUCGUUUGUGAAAUCGAAAUGUUAAUGUAUCUACCUGACCUUAGGUUCUUUUUGAGCCAUAUCAUGAGUCAUGUAAGUUGAUGGAGAAACUAGAAAACAUGACUUGGUCUUUAGAGCGUGUACAGGUUUAAUAGAGUCUUCACACUUUAUUUUGAAAUAUACUCAAUAUUGUACUACAAGUCUACAGGUAUUAUUCCUUUCUGGCUCA